CUGCGCUUUCGCUCUGUGAGCUUGUAGUUUUCCGAUUAUGAUGUUAGAUGAGCGUCGGUUUUAUUAAAAUUGGAAUUACAGCCAAUAUUGCAAUUUAUUCAAGUUAUACCAGCGACCAAUUUGAAAACUAGUGUCUAUAUAUCCGUGAUCUGUAAAAAGAAAAUCAAAAAUGGCAGAUGAAAGCCUCCUCAAUGAUUCUAAUAUUGGAAACCUUGUUUCGAACGAUGAUGACUCGGAGUUAAUAAUAGAGGAUGACUACCUCAAGAGCGCAGAGAUGCAGAUUGAUCCGGAACUGGAAGCGAUUAAGGCCCGUGUAAAGGAAAUGGAAGAAGAGGCUGAAAAACUGAAACAGCUGCAAUCGGAAGUUACUAAGCAGAUGACGCUGGGUUCCCCUACAGGAGCAACGCCUAUUCUUACGGCCGAGGAGAAAGCAGAAAUUGAUAAUCGCUCCAUAUAUGUUGGAAAUGUAGACUACGGCGCAACGGCCGAAGAGUUAGAGGCUCAUUUUCAUGGCUGCGGUACUAUUAAUCGUGUAACAAUCCUUUGCAACAAAGCAGACGGUCACCCGAAGGGCUUUGCCUACAUUGAGUUUGGCUCUAAAGAGUUUGUUGAGACUGCACUGGCAAUGAACGAAACUCUUUUCCGGGGGCGACAAAUCAAGGUGAACCCAAAACGUACCAAUCGCCCAGGAAUGUGUACCACCAAUCGAUUCCCUCGUGGAUUACGAGGGCGGACAUCGAGAAUCUCACGUGCGUGUUGCUACGGAGCGCAUCGUGGAACGCGAAGACCAGCUCGUGGAUAUCGAGGAAGAGCGACGUUCUACGCGCCCUAUUAGGACCAAUCAUGAAAUCGAGAGUUUGUAUUCGUUCGAAACGAAGACGAUAUACAACAUGUGUUUAUUUUCUAGAUUCUAGGGUCAAUAACUUUAGGAUGGGCGAACCUACGAUUAUUAUUAUAUAAACACAAUCUUUCAAAAAACAUUAUUUGUCUUCGAAUUUUCUCAAUAAAUAAAGAGCAAAUGUGUUAAACCAAAGCCCGAUAAAACAUACGAGGCGUUCAAAUUUCUACAAAAUAAUGUAUGAAAAAAAUAUUGCUAUUGCCAAUCGCCGUGAAAAUAAUGUUUUUUGAACCUGUUCAAAAAAAUAUGAAAAAAAAGAAUAAAACGCAUUUAAUGCCACAACACAUAAAUUGAUCGAGAGGACACAAUGCAAAAGAUGCGGAUCAAAAAAGAAGCAAAAAAAACAUGGCACUAAAAGAUGGCAAAGAGCAAAAAAUAAAUAAAACAUGGGUAAACAAUGAGAUAUCCGCCGCCAUGCAAAAGAUAUGAGAAAAGAAGACAAGUUUUUUGAAAAAAAAAAGAUGCAUCAGAUGAUUGGAGAAAAGAGGACCACGAGCCCAUAACGAAAAAAGGAGCAAACAACAAAAAAAAUCAAGAUGAAGUGACAAAAGAGAAACACCCGUAAUCAGAAUACAUUAGCA